AUGGACUGCUGUGAUUCAACCGACGAUGGUAGGCGGUUCUAUGUGGAGUUGAAAACAAGCAGAGAGCUGGAGUAUCAUACGGUGGAAAAAUUUGAGAAAGAGAAGUUACUUAGGUUUUGGAUUCAACCAUUCCUUGUUGGCGUGUCGUAUGUUGUCGUGGGAUUCAGGAAUGAUGCUGGUGUACUUAUACGAACUGAGAGACUAAGAACUAAAGAUAUUACACAAAAAGUGAAAGCAAAGAACUACUGGCAGGGUGGUGUCUGCUUGGCCUUUGCUGACGAGGUUUUAUGCUGGCUGUAUGGCACUGUCAAAGAAAAUGAAGACUAUGUUCUGCAAUUUGCACACCCGUUCCAUCGAUUGGAACUAUUAAAAGCCCAGUCUCCAUGCCCCGAGGCAAUAACUCUGCAUGUGGAACAGCUCACCGGUGCAACAAACUAGAUCUGUUCCCUAGCAAAGCUUUGGCGCUGAUGUUUCGCUAAACGGACAGCUUUGAGGGACCUUAUGUAACAGCGUCGCGUCUUAGAAUGGUUCGAGCUAUAGUUCGAGGGGCUGAUGCGGAUGCAUAAGAGACUGACGGUGUCAUGCUAUAUGUUCGGUCGGUAACUGGAGGCAGUACGGUCACGGUUUUCUCUUUGAGUGUCCAAAGAGAUUUUGAAGCCAUCGAACACUGUAUUUCUUCUGUAAUACCAAGUUAUAAAUUAGGGAAGUGCAGAGUUACACUGCCAUUGUAACGGUUCAUCGCUCAAGGCACCAACGAUGUGUAACUUUUGUACCAAUGAUGAUAUUGAAUUUUAAAGA